CGCAGUUACGCAGAGAGGCGCUGCCGGGGAGAUGGCGUUGAACUCGGCCUGGAAGCAAAUGUCGUGGCUCUAUUACCAGUAUCUGCUGGUCACCGCCCUCUACAUGCUGGAGCCCUGGGAGCGGACGGUCUUCAAUUCUAUGCUAGUGUCCAUCCUUGGAAUGGCACUUUACACUGGUUAUGUUUUCAUGCCUCAGCAUAUUAUGGCAAUAUUGCACUAUUUUGAAAUUGUGCAGUGAUGAAGAAUAUUUCAAAUAGUGUUCAGUAAGAAGCUGAGGACCAGUAGACUGCUGAGAAGAGCUGACCAUCUACAGUUUCUACAAAUGACAAAAUAAGCAACACAAGAUAGUGGUGACUUUGAAGAUGAUGUGGUCAGUUGUAUCCACAAAGGGAUGUAAUAUUACCUGAAUGGCAUUUCCUUUCAAUUUUUCAAGAUUCCCUUGGAUAGUAACUUUUGUCUAUUAACAUUGUGAUUGUACCUUUGAUAUCAGUAUUUUCUUAACUUUGUGACAGUCUCAGUAUUACACUCUGAAAGCUUUUUCUUAAUGUAACUUUGAGUACAUUUUAAUUGCCUUCUAUUUUUAAUCAAAAACCAUCUUAUUAAAUGGGGCUAAAGCUUUUGCUAUUGUAUGGUUAUGUCCAUCUGGGUAUAUUUCUAGUAACACAUUUUGUAAGAAAAAAGUGUUUAGAUUCAUAUGGAGAUGUGGAUAUAUUCAUUGAAUCUUUCUUACAAAACCUUGUUUGUAAGACCUAACUCAGGUGCUUCAAUUGUUAUCUGGACUGUUUGACAGAAUAUUUGUGUACAUCACUCUGUUUUGCUUUAGCAAGAAAUGAAAGCCUUUUGUGUUCAAUUUGGAGAAGAAUGAAACCACUUAGUAUUGUAAGGGGAAAGUACUAUUCAUCAAGAUUAAGUUUAUGCAUGCCAUUUAGUGUUUCAUGGAAUUUUGUGACAGCACUAUUGCUGGUCUUAAUAGCUUGGAACUGAAACUAAAUUGUAAUUGUAUGCUUCCCAAGGAUCAUAUUUUAGUAUAGAUGGAGUGAAAAGACCUUGACUUUGGCUGUCUAUUGUAUAAUCAUGUCUGUAUUGUGAGUCCUUUAUUUGUGAGUCUGUUGUUGUAACUAGUGUUCAAACUCUUUUGAAUACUUACACCAAAUGACCAAAAUAUAAGGGUUGAAGUGGACUUGAGUUAAAACCACAGCAAUAAGGAGCUGUCUACUAGGCGGAAGUUUUGUCUUAAGUUUUUAUAGCUUUUUCCAGGUUUGUAUUCUGAAAUGUUAAGAUGGCAGUUUUUAAGGUGGGGGUUAUUUUUUGUUUUUCAAAAUAAAAGCUCAAAACAGA